AUGCCUGACUUUGAUGUCCUCACCAAUGUGGCCAUACUGAACACCGUGGGCAUCUUGUCCGCAGUGCUUCAAAUGGUUGGCAACAUCAUCACCAAGGAGAGGACGAGAUUCACUGUAACAUCUCUCCUGGCUGUCGUCUUUAUGAUAUGUGGCUAUGUGCUGUUUAUCAUUGGAUACCAGUUACAAACUAACCAAAUGGGACUCUCGAUCGGACUGGCUAUAGUUGGAACUUUCUGCAUUUCCUUGAACUGGUGGGAGAACUACAGCAUGCUGUUUAAGAGUGGCGUCUUGGAAAGGAUCGCAGAGGACAUCAGGAGAUCCCGGAAUAUGAUCUGCAUCAUUUCCAGUGUUGUUCGAAUUGCCAUCACAGCUGCUGUCCUUGGAGCUUAUGUGAAGCUGUCGGCACAGGAUUGGUCAAGUGUCCUGUCUCCUUUGGAGCAAAGCAAGCCCAUCAUACUGAGCUUGUUUGCCAUCCAGGUUAUUUCCACAGCCCUCUGCCACGGUCUUGCGAAGCAGAACCAAAUGAGUUUGGUCAUAGUAGGGGGCUCCCUCUUCUGCUGGUGGAUUGGACUUGUACUGUGCACCAUGUACACUUAUUUCAUCAAGGUCUACCGAAUUGAAAGAUCCCGGGACCUGUUUGUGCGGCAAGGGUACGAGGCAGCCUUCAUCGACCAGGGAAUGCUGCUCAACACACGUUUUAAGAUCCAGCUUUCCAAAAAGGCUUCCAGCGACAGAAAGGAAACAGUGAUGAUCAACUUGUGUGCAACGAUGUGGCAUGAGACCUAUGACGAAAUGAUGAAGAUUAUCAUCUCCAUGUUCAGGAUGGAUAAAUUUCGGCCAAGGAGAAACCAUUUUAACGACGUCAGUUUCGACUUCCACAUUUUCUUCGAUGACUCCUUUUACACCAUGGAAGGCAGUGGGGAGCGCCAUGUGAACGAAUACGUGGAGACCCUGGCGGAGGUCAUCAACGAGGUCUACGUGAUAUUCAGUGAUGACAAUCAAUCCAUCUUCAAGGAAAUGGCUCAGCUUCCAGAACAGAAGGUCAUACCAACGCCCUACGGAGGCCGUCUCCGCUACACACUUCCACAUGGCAACAUCCUAACCGCUCACCUGAAGGACAAGCAGCUCAUCCGUCACCGGAAACGGUGGUCUCAGCCACAGGAGUUUAAGGAGUUCUACAACCAAAGGCGGCGCUGGGCACCCUCCACCCUGGCUAAUACGCUAGACCUCUUGAACACAGCGUCUGUAACAGUGCAGAAAAACAAAUCGAUAUCCAAACCGUACAUCCUCUAUCAGAUCAUCAACACGGCAGCUUCUAUUCUUGGCCCAGCUACCGUCUGCCUGAUGAUGGCAGGUUGUUUCACAUUUGUCUUCAAAAUUAAUGCGAACGUUGGCCUCUUGCUGGCGAUUUUGCCAGCGGCCAUUUACCUGAUCCUGUGCUACAAGCUGAAAGCUGACACCCAGAUCACCAUCGCAGCCCUUAUGAGCAUCGGAUAUGCGCUCCUCAUGACUGCGGCCAUUUUGUCCAUCAUAGGGAAUCUGGUCAUAAACUCGACCUUCAUGACCCCCAGUGGCCUCUUCCUCAUUGGGAUCACGGUCGUUUACUUCACCACCGCAGUGCUGCACCCCCAGGAGUUCCCCUUGAUCAUUUACGGGCUCCUCUACUUCAUCUGCAUCCCAAGUGGCUAUGUCCUGCUCGCCAUCUACUCCAUGGUCAACUUGAACAAUGUGUCCUGGGGCACACGGGAGACAGCCAGUGCCACCAAGCCUAUGUCCGCCAGCACCCCAGUGGUGAAGUACAAGAGGAGCUGCAGGUGCUGCUGCUGGAAUAUCCGCUUCCAGGUGGACGAGGAUGUGAAGGUGGUCGUAACUCCUGGAGAUGUUCCGACCCCGAUGAUGACCCAGUUGGAUGAUAAGGAUCAGCGGUCUUUUGACAACAGGGAGAAAGAGUCCUUGGAAAUGUGUUGGAUUUCACAACUGAAAGAGAAGUCAUAUGACAUUAGCCUGAAAGAGGACACACUUGACGAGGAAGAAGCAGAGUUUUGGAGAGACCUCCAGGAGCGAUACCUGAAGCCUCUUGAUGAGGAUAAAGCGAAGCAGAAGAAAAUCAGCACAGACCUGAAGGAUCUGCGGAAUAAGGCGACCUUUGUUUACUUCAUCUGCAACGCUCUCUGGUUGGCUGCCACCUUCUUCCUGCAGGAAAUCGGCUCGGUCAUCAGCAUAAAGCUCCCAAAAAUCAACUCCACUGGAUUCCUUGUCCCUGACCAGUAUAUCUACAUCGACCCAAUUGGAUUUAUGUUUCUCCUCAGCUUCGCCUCAUUGAUUGUGAUACAGUUCUUGGCGAUGCUCUGGCACAGAGUUGGCACACUGAUCCAUUACGUGGCUUACAAUGAAACAGCAUCCAAAGAGAGGAGAGCCUUCAAGAAGAGCAUGCAGGAUGCCAGCUUUGAGAAGAACUUCCUGUAGCCCCUCGUCACUCUGGACAAGGUUCUGGUGAAGUCCAACCCAUCACUGGAAAGCCUGCUUCGAAUGAUAAUUAAGAUUGUUGUUUUAAAAUGUUUUUAAAUAGCUGCUUUUCUUGGGUUGUGGAUCCCAUGUUUCUAUAUUUCCUUACAACUAGUCAGGCUGUUUUAUAAGUUUCUGAACAUUUUACAAUUUUCUCAGCUUCCCUCAUGAACCUGGUAAAUUUGACUGAUGUAAAUGGGAAUGG